GUCAUCAGCAUAGCAGUGCCAUAAGCGCAGGCACACGAAUCACGAUGCUCCUGCUGCUUGCAGUAUCGGCAUGCGCCCUGCGCGCGCCGCCGCGGCACGCCAUCUCAAUGUCAGCAGGCACGCCCAUAAGGAGGAGGCAGCUGGGCACCUCUGAUCUGGUCGUGAGCGACGUGUGCCUCGGCACGAUGACCUGGGGCAAGCAGAACACGCUGGAGGAGGGCGUGCAGCAAUUAGACUGCGCCUUCGACGAGUACGGCCUGAAUUUUUUGGACACCGCCGAGAUGUACCCGGUGCCGACCGAGGCGGAGACGCAGGGAAAGACGGACGAGACGAUCGGCGCCUGGCUCAAGAAGCGCGGGCGGCGGGACGACGUCGUCUUGGCCUCGAAGAUCUGCGGCGCGUCGGAGCGCAUCACGUGGGUCCGCGGCGACGGGCGCGGGACGCGCGUGACGGAGGCGGACAUCGUCGAGGGCGUCGAGGGCUCGCUGCGCCGCCUGGGCACGGACUACAUUGAUCUCCUCCAAAUCCACUGGCCCGACCGCUACGUGCCUUUAUUCGGGAGCGGCACGUACGACGCCUCCCAAGAGCGCGAGGCGGUGCCGUUCGUCGAGCAGCUGCAAGCGCUCAAGAAACUGGUGGACCAGGGCAAGGUGCGCCACAUCGGCGUGUCGAACGAGACGCCCUACGGCGUCUGCCGCUUCAUCCAGGAGCACGAGCGGGACGCGAGCCUGCCGCGGAUCUGCUCGAUCCAGAACUCGUACUCCCUACUCGUGCGGUCCGACUUCGAGAGCGGCCUCACGGAGACGUGCGCCCAGACCGACGUCGGGCUCCUCGCGUACAGCCCGCUCGCGGGCGGCAUCCUCUCGGGCAAGUACAGCGGCAGCAAGGCGCCGGCGGGCGCGCGCCUGAACCUGUUCCCGGGCUUCAUGGACCGCUACUCGCAGUCGCUCGCGAAGGAGGCCGUCGUCGAGUACGAGCGCGUCGCCGCCGCGUACGACGUGACGCCCGCGCAGCUCGCCCUGAAGUGGUGCUACAGCCGGCCGCACGUCGCGUCGACGAUCAUCGGCGCGACGUCCAUGGACCAGCUGCGCGAGAACAUCGACGCCUUCUUCCUCGACGACCUGCCCGAGGGCUGCCUCGACGCCGUCGCCGACGUGUACUCGCGCUACCGCGACCCGAGCAAGACGUCGUAGUAGUUUCGCGCUUAACUUGUUGUUGGUCUUU